AUGAAUAUUACAGUUAUAACAGUGAGUGAUACGGUUAUAACUGGUGAACGUGAAGAUAUCAGUGGCUCAGUUCUCGUUUCCCUUGUCAACAAUUCUAAAAAAUUGAAUGCAGCUGCUAUACACCAUUAUUCAGUUGCUGAUAACGAAACUGAAAUACGAGAACGAUUGAUUCAAUCAUCAUCCAUAUCAGAUGUCAUAUUGACAACUGGUGGUACAGGUUUUUCUUCUCGUGAUGUGACCCCUGAGGCUACCGAAACGGUGAUUGAAAAACGCUGUGGUGGUAUGGAAGUUGCAUUGCACUUACGUUCAUUACAAACCACACCAUUUGCAGCAUUGUCUCGUCUUUGUGUCGGAAUUCGGCAUAAAACAUUAAUAAUUAAUCUUCCAGGAAGCCCGAAAGCUGUUAAAGAAUGUUUCGAAGUCUGCGAAGAGAUUUUGCCUCAUGCGGUCCAUCUUAUAAAAGGCGAAACGACAAAUGUUUCUAGCAUUCAUACUGUUCUUCAAAAUCAUUCUGAAAAGGAAGAUAGCAUAUUUAUAUUAUCAUGA